UGGUGUUCAAGUUCCUUGUCGGAAUGUUUUUGCUGUGUCACCCGCAGCCGAGCUGUGCUUCGCAGACCAGAUUAUGAUGGAAUUUACACUGUAUACGAGGCAGUAAGAGAGCGUAGAACAUUCAUCUCGUCCAUGGCGUCUUUGUGGUCAAAAAUCUCAGCCAUCCUGCCUCCUAACGAAGAACAGUUUCCGCUGCAGUUUAGCGACAAAGUGGCGUCAAGCGUGGUGGAGAUGCUGAAACGGGCSCGGCAGCAGCUGUACGGCGAGGCGACGAGCGCCAGCAGCCGAAUUCUCACCGCUCAGAUCAUUUUGGACUAUUCAUGGGAGAGACUUAACACGGGAACAUGGCGCCAUGUGGACAAAGAGUGGAGGCGGGUUUACUCGUAUGGCUGCCUGUUCAAAGCGGCCGCGAUCUGUCGAGGAAGUCCAUCAGAGGAGGAGAUCCUGCAGGCCAUCAGGACAUGUGACAUGGGUUUGCUGAUGGGCGCGGCCAUCAUGGAAAAUAUACUUCAGGUCAUCGUUCGAAUUCUGCAAAGGGAAAUAAGGACAUUGGCUAAAGAAGAAGAUGCUCAUGAAAACAUCCAGGCAAAGAAAAGGAAGAUCGCAAGCCCACAUGUUGGUCUAAUCAAAGACGAGUUGUCAGUUCCCAGAAUGAAGUGUCCUUCACUGGAAAGCUUCAAUGCAAACUACCUCCUUCCCCUCAAACCAGUGAUUUUAGAGGGGAUAAUUGACCACUGGCCUGCCCUCAACAAACAUCCCUGGAGCAUCGAGUACCUGAGGUCCGUGGCCGGCUGCCGGACGGUUCCCGUCGAGGUGGGCUCCCGCUAUACAGACGAGGACUGGUCACAAACGCUGCUUACAGUCAAUGAGUUCAUCGACAGAUACAUUUUGAAUAAAGUUCAAGAGUCUGAGAGUGAACACAAAGCUGUGGGUUAUCUCGCUCAACACCAGCUUUUUGAUCAGAUCCCAGAAUUAAAGGAAGACAUCCGCAUCCCGGAUUACUGCUGUCUUGGUGAAGGCGAUGAAGAUGACAUCACUGUAAACGCGUGGUUUGGACCCGAGGGUACGGUAUCUCCUCUUCACCAAGAUCCUCAGCAGAACUUCCUGGCUCAGGUAGUGGGAAACAAAUACAUACGGUUGUAUUCCCCAGAGGACACAGAGAAGCUGUAUCCUCACGAAUCCCAGCUUCUUCACAACACCAGUCAGGUGGAGGUGGAGAGUCCAGAUGCUGAACGCUUCCCUGAGUUUGUGAAGGCACCGUACCUCGAAUGUGUCUUACGGCCUGGAGACGUGCUAUUCAUCCCUGUCAAAUACUGGCACUAUGUCCGAUCUUUAGAAAUCAGCUUCUCCGUCAGCUUCUGGUGGUCAUGACUUUGUUUCAUAAUAAAAUACGUUUACUGUCUA